UGUCACCCCACGAGCAGGCUGCGCACCGCCCAAGCUGAGCCGGCACGCCGCAGACUCAGGCGCCUCGGGCCGCCGAGCGCGGAGGAGCCAUGGCCACCACCAACGGGGCCUUGGAGAACGGGCAGCUGGACAGAAAGCCGCCUGCCCUGCCGCGCCCCAUCCACAACUUGGAGGUCAAGUUCACCAAGAUAUUUAUCAACAAUGACUGGCAUGAAUCCAAGAGUGGGAAAAAAUUUGCCACAUAUAACCCUUCAACUCUAGAGAAAAUAUGUGAAGUAGAAGAAGGAGAUAAGCCUGAUGUGGACAGGGCCGUGGAGGCCGCACAAGCCGCCUUCCAGAGGGGCUCCCCGUGGCGCCGCCUGGAUGCCCUGAGUCGUGGCCGGCUGCUGCACCAGCUGGCUGACCUGAUGGAGAGGGACCGCGCCAUCCUAGCCACCCUGGAGACGAUGGACACGGGGAAGCCAUUCCUCCACGCCUUUUUCAUUGACCUGGAGGGCUGUAUUAAGACCUUCAGAUAUUUUGCAGGGUGGGCAGACAAAAUCCAGGGCAGGACCAUCCCCACAGAUGACAAUGUUGUGUGCUUCACCAGGCACGAGCCCAUCGGUGUGUGUGGGGCCAUCACGCCAUGGAACUUCCCGCUGCUGAUGCUGGUGUGGAAACUGGCGCCCGCUCUCUGCUGUGGGAACACUGUGGUCCUGAAGCCGGCCGAGCAGACCCCCCUCACCGCCCUCUAUCUCGGCUCUCUAAUCAAAGAGGUCGGGUUCCCUCCAGGUGUGGUGAACAUCGUGCCAGGAUUUGGGCCCACAGUAGGAGCAGCAAUUUCUUCUCACCCUCAGAUCAACAAGAUAGCCUUCACCGGCUCCACAGAGGUUGGAAAGCUGGUUAAAGAAGCCGCCUCCCGGAGCAAUCUGAAGAGGGUGACAUUGGAGCUUGGGGGCAAGAACCCCUGUAUCGUGUGUGCUGAUGCUGACUUGGACUUGGCAGUGGAGUGUGCCCAUCAGGGAGUGUUCUUCAACCAAGGCCAGUGCUGCACAGCCGCCUCCAGGGUUUUCGUGGAGGAGCAGGUCUACUCGGAGUUUGUCCGGCGGAGCGUGGAGUACGCCAAGAAACGGCCCGUGGGAGACCCUUUCGAUGCCAAAACCGAGCAGGGGCCCCAGAUUGAUCAAAAACAGUUUGACAAAAUCCUGGAGCUGAUUGAGAGUGGGAAGAAUGAAGGGGCCAAACUGGAAUGUGGGGGCUCGGCCAUGGAAGACAGGGGGCUCUUCAUCAAACCCACAGUCUUCUCAGAAGUGACCGACAACAUGCGGAUUGCCAAAGAGGAGAUUUUUGGACCAGUGCAGCCAAUACUGAAGUUCAAAAAUAUUGAAGAAGUGAUAAAAAGAGCAAACAGCACUGACUAUGGACUCACAGCAGCCAUAUUCACCAAAAACCUGGAYAAAGCCCUGAAAUUGGCUUCUGCAUUGGAGUCUGGAACAGUUUGGAUCAACUGCUACAAUGCACUCUAUGCACAGGCUCCAUUUGGUGGCUUCAAAAUGUCGGGGAAUGGCAGAGAACUAGGUGAAUAUGCCCUGGCCGAAUAUACAGAAGUGAAAACUGUCACCAUCAAACUUGAUGACAAGAACCCUUGAAGGAAAGAAGGGCUCCUUCCUCAAACUCUGGACAGCUGAAUGUGGCACUUCAAACUCGCCAAAGGAAAAAAGUACAAUGCUUGACCUUCCCGGGACACUUUCUUCUGGACGCUUUCAAUCUACGGGAGAUUGAACGAAUGCUUUUUCUUCUCCUCUCACACUCACAUUUUAUUGACCUAGCAAUGUGGAUGCCCAGAUGUCGUGUGUGAAAUUCAGUCCUGUCUGGGGAGGGAGCUGUUGGCCAUUUCUAAUUUUGCCUUUAGACCAGAUGUGAGAGAUAGUGAAGACACUCAGGGCUCUGCUAACAAGAAACAGGACUCCAAGUAUCCAGCAGUUGCUUCAGAAUGCUUUGCUGAAUCUGACUCCAAUAGGAAUUGGGAAAGAGCUCCCUGCAUGUUCYGCAAGCAGGGUCCCACACCUGUGGUCUUCUCAGGGUUUCCUGUGCACAGGACAAUACCCACCCCCCAUUCUGAGGAAGGGGAGAGAUCAUACAGAAGGGAAGGAUUAGCACUAAGUUAAAAAGGAAAAUUUUGAGGAUCUGAUGUGGGGAGCUUUUAGGAAGCACAUACCAUGGAAGGGUGCCAGAGGCCUUGGGCAUGCACAGGUAUGGGUCUUGGAGGACUGCAUAUUGACAUUGACCAUGGGAUUCACCUUGAAAUCAAUACUGCUUUAGGAAUAUGACCAUAUCAACCUCCCAAGGAGCUUACUCUAAAACUAUGUGAUAGGCUACUUUAACCAAGGCAACUUUCUUGGCUAACAACAAUAUUAGUGUCACCUUUGCUGCUGAAGAUUCCAAUUUCUGUUACCACAACAACAUAACAAAUCCUAAGACAAUUACGUCCCAAGUUUGACAAAUCAGAGYAAUGACUCCCUUUUACAAAUUAUGCAUUGACACCACAUUCAGUAAUGGUUUCUGAUAAGUGUAUACACUUUUCCUUUUCUSUAGUUCCAUUACCCAUUUUAAGUUAGUAAAAAUGUACACAACUGCAAAGACUGCUGUUAUAAUCCAGCCCUGUUUUUCUAAAGUCCUAUUUUGGUAUAAAUUUCUGAUUAGUUAACAAACAACAUUUGAAUUCCAUAGAAGAACUGGGUCUUCAUCCAAGUGACCUGAAUAGUUCACUAACAGGUUACAAAACUUUCAAUUUCUUCCUUUGUGUAUCCAAAUGAUGUGCAAUUCUAUGUUUUAACUUGGAAAUCUGAAAGCAUUCCCACAUAGCUUUAAAAAMCAAACCAAACCUAAGUUGUGUUAUUUGGGUACUUUUCUUGUUACUAACUAGUACUUUUCUCAUUGGAAAAAAAAUGGUGCUUAUGUUUGAGGAUUAAGUUGGAGUGGGCAAUUGUAAAAUGAAACUCUGUCAGAACCAGUGUGUAUAAAGACAAUCAUGUCUGAAUUAGGGUUUCUUCAUCCUUGUCAGAGAAAUGCAAUAUGCAAUUCAYCUUCUCUUCUCCAGCAGUUAACACUCAUCACUUGUACUACCAAUAACUUGUUAAAUCAGGAUUUGACUUCGUACACUGAAUUUGCAGUAUCUCCAGUAACUAUAGACACUAACCUUCUUAGUAGUACAUUAGAGGGUUCCUAUCCUUUCAUUGUAUAAUAAUGCCUUAAUAUGAAAUGCUACCUUAUUUAUAAUUGAUAUAGUUAAUGUAUCUUUUUAUAGCUGUAAGUGCACAGAGGUGGUGUAUUUAACCUUCUGUAAUAUACUGUAUUUAGAAAUGGAAAUCUAUAUAAUAUUAGAAUUCACUUCUUUUAAUGUUUACCCCUAUGGUAUGGCUUAUAAGUCUAUCAGACUGGGAAUUCUGAUCCUAACUUCAGAUUGUGUUUAACAAUGAUAAAA